CAUCAUUUGUCACCUUUGAUCAAUCACUAUAAGCCACGUUGCAUGUUGAUACAAAACACUGACUUGCAUCUGAUGAUAACGAUUAUAUCUACCACGUGUAAUAAACAUUGAACCGGAAGGGAGAUAAACUGUGAGAGCAGAGAUCGCUCGUGUCCUACACAAAGAAUAAGCAACCCGCUACAGGAGUACAAUAGUUGAACAAUAUGAAGCUACUGUUUUAUACCAUGCUGUUACUGGCCUGUUCUUACCAGAGUUGUGGCGAUCAGGAGCACGCCCAACAUGGCAGUCACCAUGUUCAGUCAGAUUCUCAUCACUUUGAUGAUCACGGAGAACACAACUCUCACUUUGAUCAUGAAGCCAUUUUAGGAUCUAAGGAGCUGGAGGAGGAGUUUGAUACGUUGGCCCCAGAGGAGGCCAAAAAGAGACUCCGUCUUCUGUACAAACAGAUGGAUGAGGAUAAAGAUGCAUUCGUCACUGAAGAGGAACUGAUGAAGUGGAUCAUGGGUUCCUUUAAAAAGCUUGAUGCAGAAGACUCUUUAGAAGAAUUUGAGAAGCAGGAUAAAGAUGAAGACGGGAAAAUGACAUGGCGUGAAUAUAUUGGAGCAGUGUAUGGAUACAACCCAGAGGAUAUGGACGAUUUCCACAAACUGACAGAUGAUGAUCUGGAAGAUUUUAACAAGGUGGUAUCAGAAGAUGAGGAAAAAUUCAAGAUUGCUGACUUAAACAAAGAUGAAGUAUUGGAUGCAGAAGAAUAUAGAGCCUUUACACAUCCUUAUGAUUAUGAACACAUGCACGAGAUUGAACUAACCAGGGCACAAAAAGACUAUGAUAAAGAUGGAGAUGGUCACAUAUCAAAACAGGAAUUUGUGAAAAGAGAUGGAGACGCAGAUCGAGAAAUCGAGAUUUAUGAGGAGGAGCAGUUUAGUAAUUAUGACACAGAUGGUGACGGAAAACUAAAUCGUGAAGAGAUUGUGGAGUGGGUGUUGCCUAGCAACAGAGAAGCUGCUUUAGAGGAAGCACAACAUCUGAUGGAGCGAGCUGACACAGAUAAGGACGGUAAACUUUCAGAGGAGGAAAUGGUGGAUAAGCAUGAUGAAUUUGUAGGAAGCCAAGCCACAAAUUAUGGGGGAUACCUUCCUAAGGAUGAGUUAUAAAAACUAAUGUUAAUGUUAUUUUUGCCCCAAAUUUUGUAUUUUCUGUAGUUUCAUUUAUUUUUAAAAUAUUUUGUUUGAGCCUACUACCUAAGCUUUACACUAUUUUAUCAAAACAAUUGUAAACAUUUUUUGCUUAUUUACUUAUUCUGACACAAUAAAGACUUGCUUAUAUUGUAUGCUUUCCUGUAUGGCUGGAAAUACUCAUAUCUAAUGUAGUUCUGUAGAGAUGUCAGCAAACACCUGUUCCAUGUACCCAUAUCUAAUGUAGUUCUGUAGAGAUGUCAGCAAACACCUGUUCCAUGUACCCAUAUCUAAUGUAGUUCUGUAGAGAUGUCAGCAAACACCUGUUCCAUGUACCCAUAUCUAAUGUAGUUCUGUAGAGAUGUCAGCAAACACCUGUUCCAUGUACCCAUAUCUAAUGUAGUUCUGUAGAGAUGUCAGCAAACACCUGUUCCAUGUACCCAUAUCUAAUGUAGUUCUGUAGAGAUGUCAGCAAACACCUGCUCAAUGUAAUGGUAUACUGUAUUCUUCGGAGUGUUAUAAUUUCUUAUUGCUGUUGGUACAUGUAGUGAUUACAAUGCUUUUGAUCAUGUAUGUACUUACAACAAUAGAACUAUAGUAUAAAAAUAUACCUUUACGUCAGUAACAUCACUUACAUCAGUCUUCUAUCCCAGAAGUAAUACUAAUUCAACACUCAAGGAUGUCAGAGAUGACCGUAAAACUAGGAAAUAAUAUACUGAUUAUACCUGAUCAAUUCAAGCCCACAAAUGCACAGUUAGCUGAAACGUUUUCAUUGCAGCAGAUUUUAUUGAUAAAUAUGCAUUAUAUAUUACUGGUCAAAGGGGAACAACUCUUGUAUUUUGGACAUAUUGGAUAAGGCUAUUAUAUAAUAUAAAAGUGAUUUAUGAAGCACAUGUCCAUUCAGUAUACUUAUCAUGCACACUAUAAAGAGUUCAUAGUGUAAUAAAUUUAUUCUUUUAUGACAGUAAAAUCAUGUCAUCAUAGUGCUGUAAUUAUAAAUCUUAGAUAUAAUGUACAGUAUAACACACAGCAGGCCUUCAGACAGUCACUCUAUAGCCUCCAUCACUCAGCUUCUCUAAUUUUUUUCAUUUCGACUAGAACUUUUCUUAACAUGAAUAUAUGAAACAUAAUACUUAUAUUUCUAACGAUAUCAAAACAUGUUUGAUUUAAUACCACCCCCCACCCCCAACUCCCAAAAUGUAAUGAUAUUGAAGAAGGUUAAAAAUAACUCUCUUUUUUUUAAUGGAAUAAGGAAAAUUUGAUUUUGGUUUAUAUUGGUAAUGAUUAUGUCACAAAUUGAAUUUCAACGGCCAUUGUGGUGCAGUAUCUGAGAUGGCCAUUGCUUAUUUGAUAUAGUCCCUUAACACAGGUGGUCACUUAACACAGGUGGUCAGGUGACACAGGUAGACACAUAACACAGGUGGUCAUGUGACACAGGCAGACACUUAAACGAGUUGGUCCUUUGUCACUUAACAUGGGUGGUCCUAAAGCACAUGUAGUCCUUUAGCACAGGUAAUCCUAUAACACAGGUGUCCUUUAACACAAGUGGUCUUUUAACACAGGUGAUCUGGUAACACAGGUUUAACAGCAGUGGUCCUUUAACACAGGUGGUCUUUUGAACAAAGGUGGUCCCUUUAGAGGGAUAAUCUCUUGAUAGAAGUAGUUUACUAGUUCACUUGAACAUAUUGACACAAAAUAAAAGAUCAAAAUGUUUUUAGUUAUUUCUGAUUGAUAAGUACAGUAUACAAUCUAUAUUGCCUUAUUUGUAAAACAAUGCAUUUUUAAGUGAUUAUUGAUAUCAAAUCUGACAUCUUUUGCACUUCAUCAUUUUUAUGGCAGUAAAAUUUUAACAUUCCAGCUGAGGUAUUUAAUGAAGUGACUUUGUAGUUCUAGCAUACCUUAGUCAUAAGUUAUUGAUAUGACAAGAACACUUUGUUAUCAAAAUUAAGUUAUUUAGUGUUUUUUUAAAUCAAUGUAAAUGUCCAUGGUGUAAAAGUUCCAUUUAAGAAGUCUAGAUUUCCAUGUUUCGUGUUCCAUUACGUAACUCUUUCAUUAGUUUUAGUUAGAUUAGUGAAAUAUUUCAAAUUUUGCUUGUAAACUGGUGCUGUGGUGUACACCAUGAAGUGUCCUGUUAGAGACAAAUCAUUGCUAACAUUUACUAGUUUUUUUUAUUGAGAUGUGAAUUUAUUGUUUAUACAUUGUAUUUAUUUUUAUAAUGGGAACAAAGUAACAAACUGUUAAAACAAUACAAGUACUCAAACUUGUCAACCAAAGAAAUGCUUGUGUAAUCAAGUUAUACAGAGUAUACCAAAACUGUUUAUAAUGUCACAGUGCCAUUGUGUAGUGUAGAUAACAAAAGGACAAUAUUUUAGCCGUCUCAUGAUUCAUGGCUGUCAUUCUGUUAAUACUUGUUUGUCCUACUCCACAUGUGAUUUAUAGAUUGUUUCAACGUGAUUUUUGUUUAGUAUAAACACGAUAGGAAAAUAAAAUCUUUAUAUGCCUUUGUGUUCCAAGAAGUAAAGUUUUACCAUUUAAGAGGAUUUUUUGAAUCAUUGCUGUUGAUUUUUUAUUUGUUAUCGUUCAUUUUUUUUUCAAAAUAGUAAUUAAUUAUUCUAAGUUUUGUUUUCCUUGAAUCAGUUUAAAAUCCAGAAAGUAUGAAUGUGAUUUUAAAGAAAGAAAAAAGUUUAUUAUACAUAGCUAUGUAAUAUAAGUCUUGAGACUCAGCAUUAUCAGACUCAGUGUCUUCAGACUCAGCGUCGUCAGACUCGUCAGACUCAGCGUCGUCAGACUAAGCGUCAUCAGAUUCAGCAUUGUCAGACUCAGUGUCGUCAGACUCAGUGUCAUCAGACUCAGCGUUCUCAGACUCAGUGUCGUCAGACUCAGCGUCAUCAGACUCAGCAUCCUCAGACUCAGCGUCGUCAGACUCAGCGUUGUCAGACUCAGUGUCUCCAUAUUCCCAUUAUAACCAACUUGUUUAAGGUAUAUAGAGAUACUAGCAAAAUACUGUAGUUUGAUCAGAUGUAAAUAUAACCUGAUCCAAUUACAGUACUAAUAACCUUAUGCUGAUGCUAGUUACAGCUUUCUGAAGGAAGUUUGGCAAUGAAACAAGUGUUGUGAUGAAUCAACACAACCUUUUUUUUAAAUUUUUUUUUUAAAAAUGAGAAAUGAAAUUGUAAAAGGCAUUUUGAAAUAUAUUUUUUGGUAAUGGACCAGCAGAGAAUGAGACAUAUUGAAGCUUUAUAUUACAAGUAUAAAUACAUCCUAUGUAAUAUUCUAUCUAGUCACAUGGCCUGACUUUGGAUAGUAUAGGUACAUUAUUAUAUACUAUUGUUGUAUAAAAUCGUGAAUGGAUGUUUGAUGAGCUUUUACAUGAACAAAUAAAAUAUGACUGUCAGAAAGAAAUGAUUAAAACUGUGCAAUAAAAUUGA